AGACUUCGAGGACCUGGGCGUUAGCACCCGCCGGAGGCAAGAUGGCGCACCAGCUGGAGCAGCUGCUCACCUGCUGCAUCUGCCUGGACCGGUUCCGGAACCCGAAGCUGCUGCCAUGCCAGCACUCGGUGUGCAUGGAGCCUUGCAUGGAGGGCCUCGUCGACUACGUGCGUCGACAGGUCAAGUGCCCAGAGUGCCGAGCCGAGCACAGGAUCCCUUACAACGGGGUCCAGGGCUUCCCCUCCAACGUCACCUUGCAGAGGUUCCUCGAAGCGCACAUCGAGAUCACUGGCGAGGCACCGGAUCCACAUACGGGCCAGUACAUGGAACGAUGUAAUGUAUGUAACGAAAAGAACUACCUGUCUGUGUGCGCCCAUUGCGAAAAGAAAAUAUGUGUUGACUGUAAGGCCGCUCAUCUGGACAUCCUCAAACGCGAAAUCGGCCGUAUCAACAAUCAGCUUUCUGAUGCUGUUGUGGAAGCCGGCGAACACCUUUCCCUCCGCGUGCUCGUUGCAAGAGGGAAAUCAGACGCAGAACCGGGCUAG